CAUUUAUUUAGACAACACAGAUUAACUCCGGUCACUGUUGGCCAUAACCACGCCGUUCAUUCAACUCUGACAACUAACAGAAUUCCCGCUCUUCUCAACCUCUGGCUUCCCUAUUUGUUAUACUGUAGAAUGACAUGUAGCCUACUUGCACCUACUGCAAGGUGAUAAAGCAGUCAACGCAGGCGCGUUGAACUUUAAAAGGCUGCAAGUGAAUGAGACGACCGAGAACACGAAGAACAGUGGUCCUCAGGUCCAUGGCAGAGGGAUCUCAUCAGUUUGGAGUUUAAGAGUGCGGUUCCUAGGUUUGUCAUAUAGGAUUACCCUAUAAUCACGUUGCUGACUUACAGGCUUAAGGGAGCCCUUGAUGGAAUGUAACUGAUGGGUUUGAAGUCAAAUUCUGAGAAAGAUAGCAGUGGAUGUUCAUUAGAAGUACAACUUCAGCCGUACAGACCUCAGAAAUACAGAUCUGUGGCCAUAAUGGAGGCAGUUUCCCCAGAUUGCGUGUUGGAGUGUGGAAUCUGUCUUAACAUCUACAGCCCCUGGAGGAGAGCCAAGCUGCUUGAGUGUAGCCACUCCUGCUGUUCCCUCUGCGUCAGACAAAUGAUCAUCGCUCGCAGCCAGAUCCAGCUGGGAGCCAAUCAGAUCAACCAAAACGAGAUGAGAUCAAAUCAGAGUGAGGCGACAACUGACCAGAACGAGAUGGUAGCCAAUCGUACUCUGUUGAUGACUGAGCAGAAUGAGAUGGGAACCAAUUCGAGUGAGGCCAUGUCUAACCAGGACGAGAUGGGAGCCAGACAGAGAGAGAUCAAGGAACUGAGGAUUGUCCAGAGCAGCUUAGGGAGGAGCGAGCAAAUUGUCAAGACGACGAGCUGUGUGAUUCGAUGCCCCUGGUGCCGCCACCACACCCCACUUCCUGCCAGCCUCUCCAUCUCACAUCUCCCUGAUGACCCAGACAAAAUGGCUGCCGUUGCCACGGCGGCGUCCCAGAGAGCAGCGUUUACGUCCGUCUUCAUAAACAUGCUACCCAGCACCACCUGCUACCUGCUCCUCCCCCCAGGUGGGAAGAGGAGCAGGGACGGGGAGGGACUUCCUGUCCCUCCCCAGCAAGGGAAGAUGUUACCUAAGGGUAGUGUGUUCUGGAAGAGGAGGCUGAGGGAGGGAGAGACCUGGGGGGAGAGUGAGAAGGGACUGCUUGAGGAAGAGGAGGCUAGUAUGAGCACACCAGGGACCAAAGUGUGCGCAGUAGUAGUGGGUGUUGCUCUGUUUGUCUUUGUGUGUUUCUUUCUGACGAUGGUGAAUUGCAACUCUACGCGCUUUCGUAUGAUAUCCUGCCACUGAAUGAGACCGGAGGAGCAUACGAGUAGAUUACGCAGGAAUUGGGUAAAUGUUAAUCUAAUUGAAAUUGCUUUAUAUAUAAAAAAAAUUAUCAGCAUUACGUUAAGUUUUUUGUGUUCACCUUUUUACUCUCACCCUAAAUAAACUCAGUACACAUUCAGAGAAAUCUUCACUCUUUCCUCUGUUUCAUUCACUGCAAAGCAAUCAAAGCUCAUAAAAAGCAGCAUGAGUUAUGAACCACCAAGUGGUGCUAUUGAACUGUUGGAGGGGAAACAGCCAUGACCAUCAAUAUACAAAAAACGUAAUGUUUUACUAACAAUUAUAUUGAAAUUACAUGAACUGCACAGCACGCUUUGGAUUAACAUAAUUUAUUAAUUAUAUUAUUCAGUUAAUGUACAAUAAAUCAUGCUUUAUAUAAAG